UCUAAAAUCGGGCUUUUUAACGGGAAAAUACUCAAUACUAUUAAUUGUUUUAAGUGACAAUGGUAUCUGGUUUUUGGCUAACAACUUCAAUACUUGCAUUAACGUUAUUAAAACUUGGAGCAUUUGCUUUUGAUAUAAGCAAUAAUUUUGCAAAAUUUAAAGAUCUUUAUUUUACACCGAAUCAAUUAAGACAUUUUAAUUAUUUUUGUGAAAAAGAAUUUUCUUUCCACGAAUACUCUACCGAUGUUUGCCAGAACAAUUUUAAUGAUAAUUAUGAUAAUGACAAACGCAAAUGUGAAGAACAUUUAUGUGACAAAGAAAUAUGGGUAACCCUUUCGCUAAACAGCACGGGAAUUGCAAUUGAAGUGGACUCUGCUAUUAAAAGUCAAAAGCAAUGGACUGAUAAUGGUGUGCAAAGUUUUUCUGCGUUUAACGUCGAAAACAGUGAUGAUGAUAAUAUCAAAAAACUUGAUAGUAAUGAAAUUCAAUUGAAUGAAAGACCUGAAUGGAAAAGUGAGAAAGAAUAUAAUUACCUGUUGGAGCGCCAAAACAACAAUUUCAACGAACGUUUUUCUCAAAAGGAUGGUGCUACUUUUAGCCGAAGGAAAUUUAGCAGGUUAGAGGUUGAAAGAAAACAAGAAAGUUAUAUGACGGCAAAUGUGCGAAGCUUUGAAAGAACAUACGGUGAACAUUGUAAUGACGGAUUUAGAAAUGAAGAUUAUGAUACUGAACGUUUUAUGAUCGAAAAAAUGCGACGCUCGGAAAGAACUAAUGAUGAAGAUCGUGAACAUCGAGCUAGGAAUAAAGAUCGUACAAAUGAACGUUAUAUGUACCAAAAUAGACGACAAUUAGAAAAGACUAAUGGUGAAAAUCGUGAAAAUAUGCGACACUUUGAAAGAACUAGUGAUGAAGAUCGUGAACGUCGAACUAGAAAUAAAGAUCGUACAAAUGAACGUUUAUUAACCGAAAAUAUGCGUCGAUUAUUAAGCAUAAUUGAUGAAAACCGUCAACAUAGAUUUAGGAAAGAAGAUCGUGAUAAUGAACGUUUUAUCGUCGAAAAAAUGCGACGUUCGGAAAGGGCUCAUGAUGAGGAUCGUGGAAAUAUGCGACGCUUAGAAAGGACUGGUGAUGAAUAUCGUGAAAAUAUGCGACGAUUAGAAAGAACUAGUGAUGAAGAUCGUGAACUUCGAGCUAGAAAUAAAGAUCGUUCAAAUGAACGUUUAUUAACCGAAAAUAUGCGACGAUUAGGAAGCAUAAGUAAUGAAGAGCGUGAACAUAGAUUUAGGGAUGAACGUGAUAAUGAACGUUUUAUCGUCGAAAAAAUGCGACACUUUGAAAGAACUAAUGAUGAAGAUCGUGAAAAUAUGCGACGAUUAGAAAGAACUAAUGAUGAAAAUCGUGAAAAUAUGCGACACUUUGAAAAAACUAGUGAUGAAGAUCGCGAACGUCGAGUUAGAAAUAAAGAUCGUACAAAUGGACGUUUAUUGACCGAAAAUAUGCGACGAUUAGGAAGCAUAAGUAAUGAAGAGCGUGAACAUAGAUUUAGAAAUGAAGAUCGUGAUAAUGAACGUUUUAUCGUAGAAAAAAUGGGACGUUCGGAAAGGACUGAUGAUGAAGAUCGUGAAAAUAUGCGACGAUUAGAAAGAACUAAUGAUAAAAAUCGUGAAAAUAUGCGACGUUUAGCAAGAACUAAUGAUGAACAUCGUGAAAAUAUGCGACGCUUAGAAAGGACUAGUGAUGAAAACCGUGAACGUCGAACUAGAAAUAAAGAUCGUACAAAUGAACGUUUAUUGACCGAAAAUAUGCGACGAUUAGGAAGCAUAAGUGAUGAAGACCGUGAGCAUAGAUUUAGAAAUGAAGAUCGUGAUAAUGAACGUUUUAUCGUCGAAAAAAUGCAACGUUCGGAAAGGACUGAUGAUGAAGAUCGUGAAAAUAUACGACGAUUAGAAAGAACUAAUGAUAAAAAUCGUGAAAAUAUGCGACAUUUAGAAAGAACUAAUGAUGAACAUCGUGAAAAUAUGCGACGCUUAGAAAGGACUAGUGAUGAAAACCGUGAACAUCGAACUAGAAAUAAAGAUCGUACAAAUGAACGUUUAUUGACCGAAAAUAUGCGACGAUUAGGAAGCAUAAGUGAUGAAGACCGUGAGCAUAGAUUUAGAAAUGAAGAUCGUGAUAAUGAACGUUUCAUCGUCGAAAAAAUGCGACGUUCGGAAAGGACUGAUGAUGAAAAUCGUGAAAAUAUGCGACGAUUAGAAAGAACUAAUGAUAAAAAUCGUGAAAAUAUGCGACGUUUAGCAAGAACUAAUGAUGAACAUCGUGAAAAUAUGCGACGCUUAGAAAGGACUAGUGAUGAAAACCGUGAACGUCGAACUAGAAAUAAAGAUCGUACAAAUGAACGUUUAUUGACCGAAAAUAUGCGACGAUUAGGAAGCAUAAGUGAUGAAGACCGUGAGCAUAGAUUUAGAAAUGAAGAUCGUGAUAAUGAACGUUUUAUCGUCGAAAAAAUGCAACGUUCGGAAAGGACUGAUGAUGAAGAUCGUGAAAAUAUACGACGAUUAGAAAGAACUAAUGAUAAAAAUCGUGAAAAUAUGCGACAUUUAGAAAGAACUAAUGAUGAACAUCGUGAAAAUAUGCGACGCUUAGAAAGGACUAGUGAUGAAAACCGUGAACAUCGAACUAGAAAUAAAGAUCGUACAAAUGAACGUUUAUUGACCGAAAAUAUGCGACGAUUAGGAAGCAUAAGUGAUGAAGACCGUGAGCAUAGAUUUAGAAAUGAAGAUCGUGAUAAUGAACGUUUCAUCGUCGAAAAAAUGCGACGUUCGGAAAGGACUGAUGAUGAAAAUCGUGAAAAUAUGCGACGAUUAGAAAAAACUAAUGAUAAAAAUCGUGAAAAUAUGCGACAUUUAGAAAGAACUAAUGAUGAAUAUCGUGGAAAAAUGCGACGCUUAGAAAGGACUAGUGAUGAAAACCGUGAACGUCGAACUAGAAAUAAAGAUCGUACAAAUGAACGUUUAUUGACCGAAAAUAUGCGACGAUUAGGAAGCAUAAGUGAUGAAGACCGUGAGCAUAGAUUUAGAAAUGAAGAUCGUGAUAAUGAACGUUUUAUCGUCGAAAAAAUGCGACGUUCGGAAAGGACUGAUGAUGAAGAUCGUGAAAAUAUACGACGAUUAGAAAGAACUAAUGAUAAAAAUCGUGAAAAUAUGCGACAUUUAGAAAGAACUAAUGAUGAACAUCGUGAAAAUAUGCGACGCUUAAAAAGGACUAGUGAUGAAAACCGUGAACAUCGAACUAGAAAUAAAGAUCGUACAAAUGAACGUUUAUUGACCGAAAAUAUGCGACGAUUAGGAAGCAUAAGUGAUGAAGACCGUGAGCAUAGAUUUAGAAAUGAAGAUCGUGAUAAUGAACGUUUUAUCGUCGAAAAAAUGCGACGUUCGGAAAGGACUGAUGAUGAAGAUCGUGAAAAUAUGCGACGAUUAGAAAAAACUAAUGAUAAAAAUCGUGAAAAUAUGCGACAUUUAGAAAGAACUAAUGAUGAACAUCGUGGAAAAAUGCGACGCUUAGAAAGGACUAGUGAUGAAAACCGUGAACGUCGAACUACAAAUAAAGAUCGUACAAAUGAACGUUUAUUGACCGAAAAUAUGCGACGAUUAGGAAGCAUAAGUGAUGAAGACCGUGAGCAUAGAUUUAGAAAUGAAGAUCGUGAUAAUGAACGUUUUAUCGUCGAGAAAAUGCGACGUUCGGAAAGGACUGAUGAUGAAGAUCGUGAAAAUAUACGACAAUUAGAAAGAACUAAUGAUAAAAAUCGUGAAAAUAUGCGACAUUUAGAAAGAACUAAUGAUGAACAUCGUGAAAAUAUGCGACGCUUAGAAAGGACUAGUGAUGAAAACCGUGAACAUCGAACUAGAAAUAAAGAUCGUACAACUGAACGUUUAUUGACCGAAAAUAUGCGACGAUUAGGAAGCAUAAGUGAUGAAGACCGUGAGCAUAGAUUUAGAAAUGAAGAUCGUGAUAAUGAACGUUUUAUCGUCGAAAAAAUGCGACGUUCGGAAAGGACUGAUGAUGAAGAUCGUGAAAAUAUACGACGAUUAGAAAGAACUAAUGAUAAAAAUCGUGAAAAUAUGCGACAUUUAGAAAGAACUAAUGAUGAACAUCGUGGAAAAAUGCGACGCUUAGAAAGGACUAGUGAUGAAAACCGUGAACGUCGAACUAGAAAUAAAAAUCGUACAAAUGAACGUUUAUUGACCGAAAAUAUGCGACGAUUAGGAAGCAUAAGUGAUGAAGACCGUGAGCAUAGAUUUAGAAAUGAAGAUCGUGAUAAUGAACGUUUUAUCGUCGAAAAAAUGCGACGUUCGGAAAGGAGUGAUGAUGAAGAUCGUGAAAAUAUGCGACGAUUAGAAAGAACUAAUGAUAAAAAUCGUGAAAAUAUGCGACGUUUAGCAAGAACUAAUGAUGAACAUCGUGAAAAUAUGCGACGCUUAGAAAGGACUAGUGAUGAAAACCGUGAACGUCGAACUAGAAAUAAAGAUCGUACAAAUGAACGUUUACUGACCGAAAAUAUGCGACGAUUAGGAAGCAAAAGUGAUGAAGACCGUGAGCAUAGAUUUAGAAAUGAAGAUGGUGAUAAUGAACGUUUUAUCGUCGAAAAAAUGCGACGUUCGGAAAGGACUGAUGAUGAAGAUCGUGAAAAUAUGCGACGAUUAGAAAGAACUAAUGAUAAAAAUCGUGAAAAUAUACGACGUUUAGCAAGAACUAAUGAUGAACAUCGUGAAAAUAUGCGACGCUUAGAAAGGACUAGUGAUGAAAACCGUGAACGUCGAACUAGAAAUAAAGAUCGUACAAUUAAACGUUUAUUGACCGAAAAUAUGCGACAAUUAGGAAGCAUAAGUGAUGAAGACCGAAAGCAUAGAUUUAGAAAUGAAGAUCGUGAUAUUGAUCGUUUUAUCGUGGAAAAAAUGCGACAUUCGGGAAGGACUGAUGAUGAAGAUUGUGAAAAUAUGCGACGAUUAGAAAGAACUAAUAACGAAAAUCGUGAAAAUAUGCGACACUUUGAAAGAACUAGUGAUGAAGAUCGUGAACGUCGAGUUAGAAAUAACUAUCGUACAAAUGAACGUUUAUUGAGCGAAAAUAUGCGACGAUUAGGAAGCAAAAGUGAUGAAGACCGUGAGCAUAGAUUUAGAAAUGAAGAUCGUGAUAAUGAACGUUUUAUCGUCGAAAAAAUGCGACGUUCGGAAAGGACUGAUGAUGAAGAUCGUGAAAAUAUGCGACGAUUAGAAAGAACUAAUGAUGAAAAUCGUGAAAAUAUGCGACACUUUGAAAGAACUAGUGAUGAAGAUCGUGAACGUCGAGUUAGAAAUAACUAUCGUACAAAUGAACGUUUAUUGAGCGAAAAUAUGCGACGAUUAGGAAGCAUAAGUAAUGAAGAACGUGAACAUAGAUUUAGGGAUGAACGUGAUAAUGAACGUUUUAUCGUCGAAAAAAUGCGACGUACGGAAAGGACUGAUGAUGAAGAUCGUGAAAAUAUGCGACGAUUAGAAAGAACUAAUGAUGAAAGUCGUGAAAAUAUGCGACGUUUAGCAAGAAUUAAUGAUGAAGAUCGCGAAAAUAGAAAUCGACGAUUAGAAAGAAAUAAUAAUGAAGGCCGUGAAAAUAUGCGACGUUCAGCAAGAACUAAUUAUGAAGAUCGUGAAAAUAUGCGACGCUUAGAAAGAACUAAUGAUGAAAAUCGUGAAUAUCAAGUUAGAAAUAAACAUCGUGAUAAUGAACGUUUCACGAAUAAAAAUAUGCAACAUUCGGAAAGGAUAAAUGAUGAAAACCGUGAAAGUCGAUUUAUAAAUAGGGAAGACCGCUCUAUUACACGAAAUGAUAGAAUUUCUUCAAGUCAUAAUCAAAAUAUUCGCUCAGAACAUCGUAAUUAUCAGUUCAAUGGCAGAGUGUCUGAUGUUGAGAGUAGAAGAAGCUCCAGAGUAGAAAAUGAGGAGCAACUUCAACAUCGUAGCAAAUUGCUAAUUCGACAGGAAGUCAAAAAUGAACUUUUCAAAGAUGGAGAAAAUUCGGAAAAAAAUCUCGUGGACAAAAGUGGCUCCAAUAAAGUCUUAGAGAGAAAAGAGACUAAAUAUUUAACACAUCACAACAGACUGAAUUACAAAGAUGAAAGACGAAGUGACAAAGAAUUGAUAAGAUUCAUGGCUAUUCGUAACAAUAUCGGGCCAAAAAGCGCUGUACGCCAAAGUAUCUAUAAACAUUUCAUUAAAACAAAUACAUUUUACGAAAGGUGUCCGAAUUAUAUUCAAAUCCUUUUAUGCUCCGCAAUCAUCUACAAUAUUAUUAAAUCAUCUUUACUUGAAAAAUAUCCAAGUUUUAGCUUUUUCCCAAUGUGGUUAAGAUCAAUUCAAGCAGUUUGAACCAUUAUGAUGCACAAUUUUAAUCUGUUAAAUAUAUUUAUGU